GUUUAUGAUUACCUCGGUUGUUGGAAAUAUGUUCCCAGCAAUGACAGCAAGUUUCUUCCGAAAAUCAUCUUAUCACCUGCAAAGAAUCACGUUUCAGCAGUACAUGACUGUGCUCUAGCUGCGCGCUCGCGUGGGCUACCUGUGUUUGGAAUAAGAAACAGUUCUGAAUGCUUGGGUAGCGUGCACGCCGCACUGACCUACAUGAGGUAUGGUCCAUCUUAUGAAUGUUACAAUGGCACAGGGGGGCCUACAGCUAUGGACGUCUACAGUUUGGAAGGUAAUUACAACACAGAAUUCGAUUUGGACGUACGAUAAAAACAACAACAAUUUCUGUAAUUUUUCUUGAUUACACUUUGUUGGCACGCAGUUAGCCAAAAGCGCUUGUCGUAGCGUACCAAAAUUGUCGAGACCGACGUUUCUGCAAUCUGCCAAAGUCAAACUCCAUCAUUUACGCUAACAUUAACUCUAUUCGAAAUGGACGACUCCCUUAUCUCAUAUAACUAACUGUUUUGAACAUAGGAUAAGAGGGCUAUAGAAAUAAAGUUAUUAUUAUUAUUAUUAUUAUUAUUAUUAUUAUUAUAAUUAACAUUUUCCUUUUUCAAUAAUAACAUCUUGAUUUUUUAACUUUCCAUUGUUGUUAAAAACUGUAAAUUUUAUGUCACAUAUGUUCUUUUUUAUACUACAAUCAAAAUUAGGCAAUUGUUUCUUAGGAAAAUAAUAGUUUCAUACAGUAAAUCGUCAUUAUUGUUUGUUUUUACGAGCUGCAUUGCGCUCCAUUCUCUCUGACUGAGUGCCAUCCGAUUUUGAGAAAAACAGGCGAGAAAGUAGAAAACUCCACACACCAAAUUCUCAUUGAGGUCAUUGAGAAAAUCAGUCUGUAAUGUUAGGCGCUUUAAUCACCAGGAAACAAACGCCACUUACACGUGAACGACGAGCAGGAAAAAAGAAACUUCAUCUAUGAUCUCUACAGCUCCACAUAUGCAAUAAAAAAGAACGACUUUGCUCAGAAUAUUCCAUCAAAUGCUGCCAGACACCCAUUGGUUAAAGGUGGUCACGUGAGACCGGUAAUGCUGCAGCCUCUCUUUAAGGAAAUUGACGAACGAGACUUUGGUGGUAGGUGAUUAUCUGCGUGUGCAAGCAAUUUCACUGACAGAUCUUUUCACUUGACAUCACGGCGGCCAUUUUGGCGCACAAAAUAAUGAAUCGAUGGCCAUGUUGGUUCUGUACCAAGAACAUCCUGUGGGGAUUGAAUUCUUUCCUUACACAAAAAAUUUCUUUUGUUCCAUGAAAUUCGCACAGUUGCCAACCACGUGAGUGAGAAGGAUGUGUAAGCAUGCAGUAGUUAGUUGGAGCAGGGGCUAGGAGGGGGGAAGGGUAACGUACGAGCGGGUCACCUCAAAGAUAGAAAGACGCUUGUCAAUUUGGGGGAUUUUUAUUCUUCUUCUUAGCUUUAGAAAGGCGCGCAAAAUAGAACAAGCGAAAGUGCGACAGCUCAUUAUCAAAGCAACUAAUCAGAAUUGACAAAAAAUCUAAUUGCGUCUUGCUCCGAUUGUCCCCUACUCAGACCCGCAGGCUACUGACGUGCUCGGUUUAAUUUCUAUAAAUGGUUUCCUUGAAAAUGAAUUUAAUUUAGAGAUUAUUAAUUCUUCUUUGAAAUUUUAGUAUACAGACCUCCAGUGAGUGGAACGAAUAUUCUGACCAAUCCAAGCUUUGAGGAUCCGUUGAUUAAUGACCCGGUAAAAGGUUGGAGCUGUCAGGGUGAGACGGAUGAUCCUAGGGGCGGUGUUAUUGCACGGUAUACCCAGGAAUAUCCAAAGCAAGGGCAAUACACUGGGAUUUGUCUGGCUCGAUUGUCUGAAUGGGCAGGACCUGGACAGUAUGUAGGUGAGCCAAGUGAAUUGCUACAACUGUAACAAUUGUAAACUCCUGUCGUCAAUUGUUUUGAUUUGUCCCCUUCGUAGCGCAACUGCAAUCCGUGAAAUUAGAACUUGGGUCAAUUGAAGAAAUAACAUUGAUAUGUUGUGCUCCUUAUGCUAGAUCUUCUUUUCCCUGUCCCUUUCAAUGUUGACCUCGAACUUGGACAAUUCCACCGAAAAACCACUACAAAAUAACAUUGGAAGAGAGAAAGACAGGUAUCAGAGCAGUCAGCGGAUGACCCAAGUUGAAUGUCCUUGAUUGUGGGUGUUAUAGCGAAAAACAUCUAUAUCAAGGAAAUUUUAAUUUGUCUAAAAUAAUGAAUGUCUGAAUGGGUGAGACGAUGGCUAACCUCAUAACCGCUAUCCGAGGCUCUGACUAAUUUUUUUUUUCCACAGGAAACAGAGUUUUGCCAGGUCGAGUCUACAAGUUCGAAGGAUGGACAAAGCUUUUGGAUCGCAAACAAACAGGAGACAUUCACAGUCUUGAGCUGUGGCUCAGGUAUAAGAAGAGAGGAGAUAAGGAACAGAAAAAUAAACUGCUCGCUAAGAGGACUAAAUAUUCACAAGGUAAAUAUGAAUAAAUGAUAAAACACAUUCAGUACGACCUGUUCAAAAUCUUCUUAUUAAUAUUGCCAUGAUUUUUUAAAAGCUUCACCCUAAAAGUUUUAUUUAGCUGGAACCAUGAAGGGGUAGGUGUGAGAUCGAAAAAUAGAUGGCCAUUAAAACGACAUUGAAAUUCCAACUCGGUCAGUGUCCUCCCGGAACUCUUCCUCUAUCUUACCAGCGCGCAAGGGGGAGAGGGGGAGGCGGAGGUGGAGGUGCUCCCCUAAUAUCAGAGACGUCUAGGCUAACCUGAGAUCAGGCUCUAUUUUCGUUUCGUAAGAGAGAAUGCAUGAGAACUGCUAGAAUUGGGCCUGAUCUCAGGUUACAUCUUGGCAGACUAGGCUGAAUUUACUUGAAAGGCUUGUAUUCAUAAUAAGAGAAUUAGUAAAAAUAUUUCAGAAAAACGUAUUUCCUCUCAUUCUAGACUAUGGCUGGGUGCGCUGGCAGACUGCGUUUGAGAUGCCGCUCGCCAGAGCAGGAUUCCAAUUCGUCUUUAUUUACUUCAAAGGAUCAAAGCCAACUGUCGAUAUUCUAUUGGAUGACUUGUAUCUUGGGGAAAUACUGCAGCCAUCUGAUUGGAAAAGGAACAGUGAUGUACUGAUCAAUAAAUACAGGAAACGGAACAUUCAAUUCAGGUUUGAAAUCAGUUUGGUUUUAUGAAAAUGAACUCAAUUCUAUCGUUUUCUUUUAAGUUGUUUUAUCUCAUUAUAAUUAUAUUAUGGAUUUUUUUUUUCAGAGUGAAUAUCACAGGCUCUCGAUAUACUUCAGAUCUGCUCCCGAAACUUAAGAUCAAAGUAAGUUCGAUUAGCGGACAUUUAGGCUAUGUUUACAUUAUACAAUUUCUGAUCUUUCUGUAAAUCAAAAAUGUUCAGCAGAAACCUUUGGUUAUGUUUACUUGGCUUUCUCAUGUAGUUUUGACUCUGAGGACGUAUAAUCAUCCAAAUGAAAGCUACAAAGCAGUUCUUUUGCACAACCGUUUGUCGGGCGGUUCAAUGAAGUUUGAAUUAUCGGACUUUGCGAAGAAGGCCUAUAUAAUGACCACUCCAAAGAGAGCCGUUCAGCAGAACGUUUCCAAACAAUGUCCCUGUUCAUUCAUUGGGAUAAUUGGGUUCUGGGUGCAUGAUGCUGUUGUGAACAUACAAUGUAAUAGGCAGUCUCCCAACCAGAAACACGAAAUUUCAGCUGUUUUAUUCUCUUUUUUAAUGUUCUAUUCUAUUCAUACUCUCACUGGUUUACGGGCGCAUUGACGUGUAUAAAGUUUGUCGCCUGGUUUAUGCGCAUCUUCAAAUGUACCCUUGUGUAAAACAUGACGUUUUUUUCGUGUAGGUAAAACAGAAAUCGCAUCUUUUUGCCUUUGGUGCUGCUGUGAAUAGUAACUUCCUGCUGCACAAACCCGAAUAUCGCGAUUUUUACCUGAAAAACUUUCAGUGGGCCGUCCUGGAAAGUUCUCUAAAAUGGGGUUACGUCGAACCUAAACUGGUGAGUUAUUUACUAGAGUCAUGACUUUAUUCAAAAACGUACUCAGAAACUACUUAUUUGCUUUGGAAGCAUUAGAAGACGGGAUACAUAAAGGGAUUGAAGCAAAUGAAUAUCAGACGAUAUACUCAUCCUCGUGUUUAAAAUAACACCUCUCGGUGUUUGGUUUUCAGAUGAAACACUCCGGCUUAUCGUAUUUGAUAUAUUACUUCUAAGGGUUUGGAGAUCAGAUGACCAGCGUCGGUCCGUGUUUGGAUAUCACAUGAAACACUCCUUGUCGUGUCAGACGAAUUACCCCAUAUGGUACUAUUUUGUUGUUGUUGGAGUCGAAAUAUGCAAAAUAAAAAGAAAAUUUACUAUUCUAACUGCACUGUGUGUUAUAACUGACGCACCGUUUGCGUUUUGAACUUAUUUUAGGUACCUUUCGCUUCAGGGUCACAUAAGUUAUGACAUUGCGGAUAAAGCUGUAGAUUUCCUCCAAGCUAACAAGUAAGCCAACUCAAGGUUCCUUGUUAUACCACUAUAUGCUGAUAGAGNACCCCCCCCCCCCCCCCCCCCCCCCCCCCCCCCGUCAAACCUGACGCUUGUUUGAGACGGAAAUUCUUACAUCGAGAGGAUCGUAGUUCACUUAUUAACUGGCUAAUUUUCUUAAUGAAACGGACUUUGCAUUUUGCAACUAAACUAAAUUCCAAGGAUAUUCAAAAAUGUAAUUGUUUUGAGUAACCUCCAAUGAUCUGUUCGCCUCUGCUCGCAAGUGCGGUAUUUCCGGCGCCAACAGCGACCGGCGUUUACAGAUUGAGAAACACGUGAUCGUCUCUGCUUUCUCAACUGGUCACAAAAAUGUUCAACAGACCUUUCAGAACCAAAGUUUGGACCCUCCCCUUAAUAAAAAAUUCCUGGAUAUACCCCUCCUCUCUCAAUAAGAGAAAAGAAGGAGGUUCUGCUAGAUGGAUGCCUCGUAAUGCGCAGUUAAGAAUGCAUUUUCUUGUUAAAAACUGUGAUGAAUGCUACAAAAUAUGCGAAUUUUGUUGCGAUUUUUUUUGCAUAUUUUUUCUACUUUUGCGAAUUUCUUAGAUUGUUGAGCCAUUUUUUUUGAGACUUCUUCGGACGUAUUUGCAUUUUCCUUGACGUUCUUUACCUUCAUCUCUGGUAGAAAUGUUUGUGUUAAAUCAGUCCUGAAGGUAACAUCUGGUCAUUUCACUCGUAAUAUUUAUGUCACAUUGUUUGCGUUUUAGCAAGAUGAUCCGUGGCCAUUGCGUUUUCUGGGCGGUCGACACAGAGGUUCCAUUUUGGGCGAAGAAACUCCCCAACGAUAAGCUCAAAAAAAAGAUGAAGGAAAGAUUACAAACUCUUCUCUUUAGAUAUCGAGGACGGUGAGUCAGUAUCUUUCACUCUUUUUAAAAAACAGAUUGUUUUCGAAAAUGUUGUUCGUAUAUGAGUGCAUUUCGAAGUUUCCCCUAGCAGUCCCUAUGCACGCCGGUAGAAAGAGCUUGCAAAAAGAAGAAACUUGAAUCACGUUUUACCUUUCUGGAAAUUGGGCAGCCCUGUUUCAAAACUUUCUAAAGGAAAGAAAAAACCUUGAGGCCUCUCUGACUCAAAGAUUAACCCUACCUGUUACGUUUAUAGCUUUAUGCAAUGGGAUGUUAACAAUGAAAUGCUACAUGGUUCUUUUUUCGCGGACCGAGAAGGAUUAGCCAUUCGAGACUGGAUGUACUUAACAGCGGCAAGUGUUGAUCCCGGCGUUGAUUUGUUUGUCAAUGAUUUCGAUGCUGUAGAAAAUGGACAAUUAACCCAGGUAAGUUAUAGUGUAUCACUGAAAAUUCUUGGACAUUAGUGGAGGGAAAGGCUAGAUUAAGCAACAAUCACUCACUGAAAUGUUUAUUCCAGCCCUAUUUGCAUUAAGAAAACGAGUUAGUUUGAACGUUUCCUUGCCAGAUACUUACUUCUAAGAACUGCGGAAAAAAACAAAUUUUCCCAAAGUCGUAACAUUUUCGAUUUGCUUGUCUAUCGGAAUGACAAACAUGAUUAUGUGUCUCAAUUUCACCAGGCCUUUCUUGAAGAAGUCCAGGAUUUACUAUCACGAGGAAUUCCGCUGGACGGAAUUGGAGUUCAGGGUCAUUUCACUGGUCACGUGAAUCCGACACUUCUUCAGGUAAGUACGUAGUUUUUGACACUUUGAUAAGAAUUUCAAAGUCGCCUUUUUUCUACCAAGAGGUUGAAAUGUCACUCAAACCGUACCAAGGGAGAAUUAUGGAAAAGAGAGGAAAGUGUCCAGUCUAAAAAAAAAGCCUUAGGAUAUGUGAAUUUCACCAAAGUUAAGUUGAUUUCCAAUGAGGUCCGCGAACUUUUAUUCAGUGUUGUAGAAAGAGAGUAUUGGGACAUUGUGCUCUCUUGGUUUGUUGACAUUACAACAUUCUGCAUUGUUCGCUUUGAGGAAGUCGCGCGUGGACUUGAUGACGUUUCAAACAAUCGAUUAAAAUGUGCGAACGUCCCAGUAAAUAGACUUCUGUUUAUUCACAACUUGCUAAAAUAACGCCCUAAGAUUCCUUCUCUGUCUCAUUAUUAUUUCUUGGCUCAAACUUCAAAACUGGGCUGAAACUCAUUGAUCUUAACUAAUGUCGAGGAAUGGAGGCAGGAGCCGGCAAUCUAUCAGCCCCUGAUCAUGGAGGAACAAACACCAAAGUAAACCUGGUACUCCGAAAUAGAGAUGACUAGUAACUUAAAAGGACAGUAUCACCGAGCAAGAUUUUAAACAAUGCGAUUAUCUAAUCCUACUACAGGUUUAUGUACGUCAAUUAAAAAUCCAAAAUGUUGCCGUUAGAUUUGCUAGAGCAGUUGAUAGAUGAUAGAGCAGUUCUACAUGACGUCACGGCGGCCAUAUUGAUGUUCCAAAACAAUGAAACGGCGGCCAUGUUGGUGAUCCAAACCAAUCGUCUGGGAGUUGAAAUAGUCGGGGCGACGUUUUCAAAGUUUGAUUGCGUCAUUAUGAAAAAAAGUCACUUAAAAUCCAAUGAAUUAAUUGAUAUUUUGUGACUCCUUUUUUCACUUGUUGCAGUAUUAUUUGAACAUGCUAAGUAAGGCCAAGAUUCCAAUAUGGCUGACAGAAGUUGACGUUCUCGAGAAAAAUCCGUUUAAACGAGCCGAUGCGUUGGAAACUGUCAUGAGAGCUGCAUUUAGCAACCCAAAUGUCCAGGGAUUGAUUUUGUGGAGUUUCUGGAGCCAGAGUUCGUGGAGAGGUCCUUACACUUCUCUUGUGGAUGGAAACGACUGGCAGGUAUCAAAAAAUACCACCUACCCCUCCCUUAAGCCAACAUUUACACUUACUUCUCACCUAGGGCAAAAUGUUGGCUUAGGGGAGGGGUAGGUGGGCAGUUUCCCAGAAACGUAUGAUGAUCCCAAAAGAUACUAAUCCGCCACUUUACAAACAACAAGGAAUCUUGGCGGAGUUAGCUCUCGCAAAGACGUCUGGGAUAGUUACUGGGGAUGGGCCGGUCAGCUAUUGGUCAAUGUUUUCCCUCUCCCUCGUAAUAGGGUCUCACUGGGGUAGUGGCUUUGACAGUUGACAGUCAUUUUUUCCAAUUUUGACGGUUGACGGCUAAAUUUUAGGGCUUUUGACGGUGACGAUUAUUUAGUGAAAAUUUAGUCAAAGAGUUAAAGUAAAUAUUAAUUUCUGUAUUGAUGAUUUCUCUUUGUAAAAGGCUUAAAAUAGCGCUGACUAAUUCUAACCUCACGGAUAUAUCUUGCUUUUCUAUUCCGCACCUGUUUUUUCCAAUUUUGACGGUUGACGGUUAUUUAGAGAAAAUUUAGUUAAAGAGUUAAAGUAAAUAUUAUUUUCUGUAUUGAUUAUUCCCCUUUGUAAAAGGCUUAAAACAGCGCUGAGUAAUGCUAACCUCACGCAUAUAUCUUGUUUUUCUAUUCUUCACCUGUAGAUUAACGCCGCUGGUUUGCGAUAUCGCAGACUCCUGCAUCAAUGGACCACACACGUCACGUUAUCUCCCACGUUCACUGACCAAUCAAUGGCCUUUUUUGAAACACGUGGAUUUUUCGGAGAUUACGAGGUGACAUUACAACUUCCCAAUGGACUGAACACCACUCAAACCUUCACGUUGAGUCCUGGGAGUAAUCCAGUCGUCAUUGAACUCCAUUUACCAGGUAUUUGUUUUAUGAUUUUAUGCAUACCUAGGCUAGGUGAUUUAUCUCUCGCGCAACUGUUAGGAGUGUUUUAUUGUCCAUGAUUUACCAUAGUCUAUGUGGUUUAUCUUAUCGUUGUUAGAUCCCAGUCCAGCACAAGACAUAGAACAAGUGGGUCUAAAGCGACAAGAUGCCCCCUUAAUAGGCGAAGAUCCAAGAGUCUUAGCAAGUAUCAGCCACGGAGGCGAAGAUACUGAUGACUCACAAUAUGAAACUGACGAAGAGCAAGACGACGAAUUUCCACAAUCAGAAGACGAUGAUUCACCCGAAUUUGCUGGUGAAUAAAUGUCAAUAUUUAUUCUUGAGUCAGUUGUUCACUUUUUCGUUCCUUCCCGUUUCUCACGAUCACAAAUUGCGUCAGUUAGUAAGGUAUUCAAACUUCUGUAAGGCAAGCAAUGAGUCUUCAGGUAAUGGUAGAGAAGGUCCUUCUGUUAUUUUGGUAGACAAUCAUGCAGUCAGACAUUCAGGCUGUCACACUGUACUGUGAUUCCUGUCUGUCUUAAUCAGAUUCCAAUGAUAUACAAAAAUAACAUAGAUUAUUAAGAGCUUCAAUAAUAAUCAUUCUAUAGUUAAUUUAAAUCCUUAAAUAGUUUAAACUUAACUAAGAGUACUUUGUUGGAACGUGUUGUACUGAGUUACUGCGACAACGUAGUCUUUUACAUCACAGUUUUUGUAACAAACACUAAAUAUCAGUAGCUUUUAGCAUCUAGGGGCCUAGUGGAUCGCAAGCAAACUCGGGAAUAAAUUUUCUAGGCGCGCAAGGCACUUUAGAGAGAGUGACUUUUCCCAAAGGCCUUUGCCGCUUAACCUUUUAAACUUCCCGCGUUUCCUGAGACAGUUAUUUGUUUGAUUGUAUACAUUGCAAUAAUCCUCAGAUCCUUUGAAGUCUUCAGCUGGUUUAUACAUUGGUUGCUUUGACAACACGGAAUCCCUUACCCAACUCAAGUACCGAUACGAAGGGCAUCCGGCCAUGGUCCCGGAUGUAUGCAUCAACCACUGUGCUUCUAAGACAUUUCCUUUCGCUGGUCUGUUAAUGGCGUCGGAAUGCCUAUGUGGAGCUUAUUUCAACGAUGACGCGGAAGUUGAUAAUGAACACUGCAAGCUACCAUGUCAAGGUGACUUUCGGAGAAGCUGCGGUGGACGAAAGCACAUUGCAAUUUAUUCUACAGGUUUGAGUAACACUUUUUGA